AUGGAGCUCUCACCACCCCCGACACCGGUCCAGAAUAAGGCCGCCCUGGACUACUUCAUCCAACUUCCCGUCUCAAAAGAGAUGAUCAACCACCUCGCCUUCAAGGCCAGUCAGGUCAUCCGCUGCGACUCCUCUCUUAACAAGAACCUCCCACCAACACCAUCACCAAGUCCACCACACCCAUCCUCACAGCAACCUCCUCUCCCUUCACUCACGGAAUUUAUCACAUCCCUUGUCACCCGCUCUCAUGUCCAAAUCCCCACUCUCAUGUCCACCCUCGUCUACCUCUCACGCCUACAAUCACGGCUACCCCCGGUUGCCAAGGGCAUGCGAUGUACCGUGCACCGCAUCCUUCUCGCGGCACUCAUCCUCUCAGCCAAGUACCUCAACGACUCCUCCCCCAAAAACAAGCACUGGGCCCGCUACACCGCCGUCAAAGGCUACGAGUCCUGGGGCUUCGCCAUCACUGAGGUGAACCUGAUGGAGAAGCAGCUCCUCUUCCUCCUCGACUGGGAUCUCCGCAUCACACAAGAAGACCUCUACACCCACCUCGACCCCUUCCUCGCGCCCAUCCGC